AUGUUUUUUGAUGUGUCAAAAGAUUCGUCGACACUAACUGUUAGUUUAGGUGCAGUAGUUUUAGAGGUUGAAGUUGAAGUAAUAACUAAAGGACUUUUUCUUUUAUCGAGAUUAUUGGACAAACUUUCUUCGACUGGAUCAACUUUUAUAGUAUUAGUUUCUUCUAGAAGGACAGUUAUAUUUGAUUCUGUUACAUAU